AUGUUGUGCCUUGUACUAGUAUUAGCAGCAAUAGGUGGUUGGUGGUUAAGGAAGGAAGCAAGGGGUACGCAGAGGCGGCGCGGCGGCGCCUCUGCUUUCUCGGCCCGGGCGGGGGGGGCGCGGUCAGACGUCCCAGCAUUCCUCGAGGCCGAGGCUCGGGAGGUCGAAGUCGAAGCCGAUCUCGUUGCCGCAGAUGUCCCAGCUCGGCAGCUCGAAGUCGGGGAACUUGAGCUCGGCGAACGCGCAGAUCUCCAUGUCGGGGUAGGAGCAGCUGGACGUGUCGCAUUCCGUCGAGAUCUUGCCCUCGACGCCGGCGGCCAUGACCUCGAUGGCCUCGGCCGUCACGCCCGCGUUGGCGCUGAACUCGAUGUCGAUGGCGCCGAAGCCAGACUCCAGCGUGGGCGUCCCGACGGACAGCUCGCCGCUCCCGUAGGCAUCGACCUGGGCGAUGACGGGGAUGCGCACCUCGACCUUGGCCAGGCCGUUCGGGCAGUAGUCCUCGGGGUCCUGCCCCGGCGGGGCGCCGCAGUAGGGGUACUGCUCGCACUUGAGCGUGGUGUCGAACCAGUCGUCGAUGGAGAUCUCCCAGUCGUCCCAGAACCAGCUCCCGCCGUCGUCCCAGAGCCCGAUGACGUCGUCGCCCCAGAAGAACUCGGGCUUGUCCGCCUUCGUAGCGACGGUGGCGCCGGCCGCCGCCUUCUUCGCCCGCGCGGCCCCGAGCUUCGCGGCGAACUCGGCGGUGGCCCCGGGCCGCUCCGCCUCCGUGGGGGCCCGGCCCUUCGCUCGCCGAAAGAACGCGUCGGCGAGUUGUCCGAACUUGGCGGCGUCGUGGCCGUCCGCCGUGAGUCUCGCCAUGGCCGCGUCGUACGCCGCCCGGUCCCGCACCGCCUUCUGGCGGAGACUCUCCUCCAGAUCGAAGCUGAAGACCUGCGCCGAGACACCGACUUCGAGAAGUGCCGCCGUGAAGCCCGUGUGGUAGAGCGUGACCUCCUUGCCGUACUCCAUGUCGUCCGCCGGGAUGCCCGACAGGCACACGCCUGUGUGGACAUCAAAUUUACGGCGCGUCCGUGAUGGCGUGGCGAUCACGUCGUCGCCGAGAAAUGACUUCGUGACACAGGUCCUCGCCGGCGGUGAUGUCGAAGGAGAAGUCUAUGUCCACGCCGACGAACAGCGUGUAGCAGAAGCCGGCGUCGUGGUCGAAGUCCAGGCCGAACCACAGGUACAGCUCGGGGUAGUCGGAGAGCUCCUUCGUGCAGACGAAGUCGCCGCGGAGCGUGAUGCAGGCGGAGACGAUGUCCGGGCUCACGAGGUCCGGGUUGGCCUCGACGAGUUCGGGGUGGUUCUUCCGGACGCCGCCGUCCGGGUCCUCCACGAGGGCCCGGAGCUCGUCGGCCGUCGGCGCGCGGCCGUGCACCUUCUCGAACGCCACGCGGAUGGCGGCCUCGAGCUUGGUGCGCUUGCGCAGGUAAUUGUUCUCGAUCGGAGCGGCAUUCUCAAAGUCCUUGUGGACCAGCUCGCCCGUCUUCGUGUUGAACGCCGCGCGCUUGCCGGCCGGCGUGGCCGCGGCCGGCGCAUUCCGCGCCGAGACCGCGGCGCCCAGGAGCAGGGACGCGCCGAAGAGGGCGCCCAGGGCCAGCGUCCUGCGGGACCACGUAGUUUGCUUCCCGACGAGGGGCUGCUGCUCCGUCGGCGCCAUGAGGGGCUGCUCGUCGUCCAUGUUCAUUGCUAUUGCUCUCUGCUAUUUACAGUUUUAAUAGCCAGUUUCUUGGGAGGAAGUGAAUCCUCUCUGCUAUUGCUCUCUACGAGUGCUGGGAGUGCUGAAGCGCAGCUUUUUGGAAACGCCGUGGUGGUGCCGAUUCGCUUUCCCGUCUCCAAGCUCUGCUGCUCCCUACGAGUGCCGGCGGCAGCCUUUCGGAGGCGGCCGGUUGGUCUC